AUGGAUCGAUCCAAUAAAAGUCCCCCCCCCUCUUCCCGUGAAUCCCUCGUGGGCACAGGCGGAUUACUACACAUAGAGCAAGACCUGGUGCGGACCAGCCCAGACCUCGCCAGGCGAGAAGGCCAGACCCGACACGGGACCGGGGGUUGGCAGUCUCUCUCUUUCUGUCUCUGCCGCUCUCUCGAUCCUACACAGACACAGAGUAGAGUCCGCGGCUGUUUCUCUUUGUCUCUCGGAGGGGGAAGACGGCACGUAUCGGGGGUCGAUGGGGAUGGGGACGGGGAUGAGGACACACGACGGAGACAGGACGGGCAUCGCUCGUCUUGA